AUGGCGCCGAGACCUACGAGCCGCCUUCUGGUGUUGGCGUGCCUGCUGCCAGCGGCGUGGGCUGGCGCCAGUCCGGAUCCUGCGCAGGAUAUCCGCGGAAAGAUGUACAUGAUGCGCUCCGCCAGCAAGGACCUCGACUCGUCGGCCACUGGGUACAUAUACCAGUCCGACGGCAAGGGGCCAGUGCAGGUGGUGAAGCUCGGCGACGCGGACGGCGACGGCAGCGCCUACUACGACCACUACGCGGACUACGGUUCCGAAGGCGUGGAAGGCGGCGUGGGACUCGGCGGCGGAGCCGGCUACGGCAAGUACUACGGGCCUGGAUUCGGCAAGUACUACGCCGCAGGUGGGCUGGGGCUGAGCAAGCUGGUGCUGCCUAAGAGCUUCGGCGCCCUCGGACACGGAGGCGGUCUCGGCGCCGGCGCUGGGUUGGGAUACGUGGGCGGCGAAGGCAUCGGACACAUCGACUACGACGGAGGUCUGGAGCACAGUGCAGCUCUGGAGGACCUGGGCGACGGCGGGGGCGCCGCUGGCGGACACAAGGGCGCCGAGUACUACGGGUCGCAGGGUGGCGGCUACCAGGACUCCGGCUACAAGAAGGGCGGCGGUGAGUCCUACGCCGCGGGUCACCACGCUGCCAAGGGUGGCAAGGGGGACAAGGGCUACAAGGUGCAGGAGUCAUUCGACAAAGGCGAGAAGGGCGUCCACGCAGCCGAGGCCGAUAAGGGGCACUACAGUGAGGGAGCUGGCGAGAAGAAGGCCCACCACGACGAGGCGGCGCACUACGGUGCCCAGCAGCAGGGAGCCAAGGGCUUCAAGAGCGCCAGCUUCGGGGAGGAGGGCAGCCACCGCAAGGGCCACAAGACCAGCGGCUUCCACAACGUGUACCACAAGGACGAGUACAAGAAGGACCACGAGUUCUACGAUGACGCACACCAGAGCGGACACCACAGCAAGGACGGCGCCUUCGAAGCCAAGCAUGCUGUCAGCCACGGCGGCUACAAGAAGGGCGGCCAGUUCGAGGGCGGCCACGCCGAGAACGAGAAGGGCGAGAAGGGGGCCUACUCGAAGGGCGCCCACAGCGACGCAGCUAGCGGACACGACGCCGCACGCGGCGAGAAGGCGUACCACGGGCACGACGAGCAGUACGGCGCCGAGGAGCAGGCGGGAGGCGGCCAGAGCUACGCACACGCCAGCGGCGGAGGUGACGCCGGCUAUGGAGGCGGCAAGUACGUCGGGGGCGGCUACAGCGGUGGCAAGUACCUGGGAGGCGGCUACUGA